AUGAGUCGAAAAGUUGAUCAAAAUCCAUCAUCGGCUGGAAAAGUGGAGGUGUCAAAGCCGAAAACUGGCCUCAAAGCACCAACAAAGAUCAUAACGCCGAAGAAAGAGGUGCCAUUGGUUCGUGCUCGACCCACUCCAACAACCCAAAGAACUCAAAUCGAGAUUGAAACAGUGGACAAGUUGGAGAAAAGAACCUCGAAAUCCUCUGAGGAAGACUCAGCGUACGCGGGUUUUGGCUCAACAUCCCCAGCCUCGUCGACAAGCGCAUCAAGCAGCAUGUCAAUUCCACAAAAUAUGGAUACGAUAGCAAAUGGAAAGAAAAUCGAUUCAGCUGAUCUUUCAUUGAGGGACAAUUCACAGGAACGCGAAAAGCCGACAAUGGCUGUCAAAGGGACAAUCUCUACCCCAAAAUCCCAUUCACGAGAACAAAUCGAAACCUUCGAGGCAUCAAAAGACCCAAAUUCGUCAACAAACCCAAUGACGAUCACGCUACAGAAAACCCUGCAAAGUCCCACCGUUGGAGUGGUCAGCCCGAUGUUGGCUAAUCGAAAGUUCGUCGCGCAACAAGAACUCAUCGAUCCGGUGCCCAGUAAUGAAACGACCGAGUUUUUCGAAAAAAGAAACCGUAAACCCGUUCCGAGUAGAACUUCAAAAUUGAACCCUUCUACGGAAAAGAACGAAGCCGAUGAACUUGUCCCAGCAAUGGCGCCAAUCCGACAACCGCCUUCAUACGAGCAAUUGUUGAAUAAGAAACGGAUUGGCACUUCGCAUAAAGGUUUUCCUGAAUCCUCAACAACAGAAGAGUCUCUUCAAUCGGUUUCAACGACGAUUCGUCCUCUCACAACAACAUCAAGAAAACCGGAAACGAAUCAAAAACAACAAGCGUCACCUGGUAGCAGUAAAGCUCCAAGCGAAUCCGGAAUUGCGAUUUAUGCAAAAAUGCAAGCAAGAUGGAAAGAAUGCAGAGAAAGAGCGACAACUGGUUUUUAUCAUGACAGUUUCGAAGACAGCUCAUCGGUUUCGAGUGGAAUUUCGGAGAAUUUCGAGGACGUUUCGACCGACGACGUCUCCGGAAGUUCACUAUCCGAUCACGCAAUGACCGCCGUCACAACGUAUGGAAAACUCGGCGACUAUGGUCAUUUUGUGAGAUCAACUGGGAAAGGUACUGUCCGCUCAUCUUCAUCAGCUAUCGGCGAGCGCCGGAUCCACGAGCAACACUCGAUCCAGCAACUCUUGCAACAAUGCCGAACAAGUCAACGGGGAGUCGCUUGUCAACCACAAUAUCAAACAAUCAGCGGUGUGCCACAACUCUCAUUGUCAUCCGACGGUGAAACACUUUCAAUUCAAGCUCGAUCAUCGCUACGAGUCACUCCAAAAAGACAAGAUCGACCUGGGAUCUCGACAAACGGUUUUCAUUCACUUGAUCGAAAGUUUCACCUUGGAGAGAUCUAUCAGAAACAUCAGGAACGAGAGGAGCAACGCAUGGGCGUCUAUGACGAGCGAUCAACGAUGGCUCUGAUCUCGCCCCGAAGAAUCCCCCCAAGAAUCCCAGCAGCACAAUCGACACAGUGUAUCAGG